UAUUCCAUUUGCGACUGUUACUGACAGUCACUUCGCUGUGAUGUCACUGACCAACUGUCAAGUGCCUACUGACAGCUACCCAUAUUACAUUAUAUGCAGCUACCACUACCAUCAACAACCUGGCCUUAUCUAAUAUCUAUCAUAUAACCACAUGCCGUAUCACGUAUCAGCUGCAGUUGUAUUCGGCUAAUCGGGAUUGUUCGGCUUCGGCAUUCCUCUCUGCCACAUCUCUGCCACUGCUCUGAUCUCUGAUAAACUCUGAUACAGAUAGCAGAACGUUUGAUAUUGUCGCCCAUUUAAAUGCUUAUCUUUAACCUUUUCAUAUAUAAUGUGAUAUCGAUGACAUAUUGCUAUUAAAUAAUUAACAAUUAUUAAUAUAUUUAACGAAACAAUUAGUUCAUUGUUUCAUAUAGAAGAACGUUUUCAGUAUGGCUACAAAAAUUUCAAUUAAUACUGGAAAUAUUGACCUGGAUAAUAAAAUCAAUGAAUGGUUAACGUGGAACAAGGAUCCAAAUGCAGAACACCAAGUUGAAAAACUUGUUCGUGACAAUAACACUAAAGUUCUGUUUAAUUUAUUUAUGAAAAGACUUGAAUUUGGUACAGCUGGCCUAAGAGGUUGCAUGGGUCCAGGAUACAGUCAGAUGAAUGAUUUAGUUAUAGUUCAAACUGGUCAAGGUUUAUCAAAUUACUUAAUUGACGUUGUGCUGAAUGUUACUGUAAAAGGUGUAAUAAUAGGAUACGAUGGACGUCAUUGUAGUAAAAGGUUUGCAGAAUUGACAGCCACAAUUUUUGCAGAAAAAUAUAUAAAAGUUUACCUUUUUUCAAAGGUGGUUCCAACUCCUUUUAUACCUUACGGUGUAUUAAAAUAUAAAUGCGCAGCUGGAAUAAUGAUUACAGCUUCUCAUAAUCCUAAAAAUGAUAACGGCUAUAAAGUUUAUUGGGAAAAUGGUACACAAAUAAUUUCACCCCACGAUAAGAAAAUUCAAAAGUAUAUACUCGAAAAUCUUAAACCAAAUGAGUUUUCAUGGGAUGUGACAAAAGUCUACGAGAGUCCUUUAUAUAAAGAUCCGUGGAACGAUAUUAUGGAAUCAUAUUUUCACGAUCUCAGACAAAAAGUUCUAUAUCCAGAAGUAAAUAGAAAUACGAUAUUAAAAUUCACUUACACUCCUAUGCAUGGUGUUGGAUAUGCAUAUAUGAGUGCAGCUUUCAUUGCUGCAAAUUUAAAGCCAUUUAUAGUAGUCGAGGAACAAAAAUUACCUGAUCCAGAAUUUCCAACUGUUAAAUUUCCAAACCCUGAAGAAGGAAAAAGUGCUCUAGAUCUCAGUAUAAAAGUAGCAAAUGAAAAUUCUUCUUCCAUUAUUAUCGCUAAUGAUCCCGAUGCGGACAGAUUAGCUUGCGGUAUAAAAAUGAAAAACGAAGAAUGGUACAUCUUCUCCGGCAAUGAAUUAGGAGCACUAUUAGGUUGGUGGAUGAUGCAUACACAUCAAGUGCAACAUCCAGAUACAGAUUUUUCAAAUGUAUAUAUGUUGGCAUCAACGGUAUCAAGUAAAAUUCUGGCAUCAAUGGCUAAACAAGAAGGAUUUAAUUUUGAGGAAACUUUAACGGGUUUUAAGUGGAUGGGUAAUAGAACCGUAGAAUUGAAGAAAGCAGGUAAAGAAGUUAUUUUUGCGUACGAAGAAGCCAUUGGCUUCAUGUGUGGCUCCAAUGUUCUUGAUAAAGAUGGUAUAAGCGCAGGCAUGCACAUAGCAGAAUUAUCAGCUUACCUUGAAACUAUGGGCUUUACUCUUUACGAUAAACUGAAUGAAAUAUAUACCCAAUAUGGAUAUCAUAUUUCUAAAAAUUCAUAUUGGAUAUGUCACGAAGCAGAUAUAAUUAAGAGAAUAUUUGAAAGAUUAAGAAAUUAUAACGGCGAACCAAAUACGUACCCAGCAAACAUCCUAGAUGGAAAAUAUCCUAUAAUAGGUGUUCGUGAUCUAACAACUGGCUAUGAUAAUACAAAACCAGAAAAUAAGGCUGUUCUACCUGUUUCAAAAUCCAAUCAAAUGAUAACAUUUACAUUCAAGAAUGGGUUAGUUAUAACAUUGAGAACUAGUGGUACCGAACCUAAAAUUAAAUAUUACACAGAACUGUGUGCAUCUCCCGGGGAACAAAAUAUUACAAUACUAAAAAACAUACUGGAUGAAAUGGUAUCAGCUAUCGUAACGGAAUUUCUUCAACCCGAAGUAAAUGGACUUAUAUCUCGUACUAGUUAAAUAAUAUUACAAGCCUUAAAUAUGAAUUAUUAACUAUUUAAAAUGUGAAUUUACAGCAGAAACAUGUUAAUAACAAUCAUAUAAGAAUACAUUUUUCUCAGCGAAACAUACUAGAAUAUACAUUUAAAGAUUAACUUGCAUUUUAUUACAUAAAAUAUUUAAACAUCAUACUUUCUGAUUUGUUUCCAUUACAUUUUUCAUUACUUUGAAAAUAAUUACAGGACGCAAAGUAUUAAUGUAGCGAAGUAUAUAAAUUAACUAAGCUAGAAAAUUUAAUUAAACAAAUACUAUCAUUUCAUAUGUUAUUUAAAUGUACAAAAAUAUACAACAUACAUCCGUAACGAUUGUAGUUUACCAAUAUAAAUGAUCUUUUAAUAAUUAUUAUAGUCAUCAUCUCCACUGAAAAUGUUAAUGAACAUGCAUGCGAACUUGCGUUACUCUUCCGAUAUUU